AUGGAGGCUCUCGCGCUCACCGGUGCUCGACAUCGUGCCUGCGACCCUUGUCGCAAGCGCAAGAUCAAAUGCUCGCAGCAUACGCCGCUGUGCAGACGGUGCGAUAAUAUGAGGCUGCAAUGCCAGUACUCGACCAUCAAGACUAUGGGUCGACCCAGGAAGAGGAAGACCAGCCAGGCUGGCGAUGGCCCGAGACCUCAAGCGAGGACGAGACCAGAAGACGAGACCAAUCUGUCAACCAUGUUUCCCAUGGGGUCCUUACCCGAUGGUCUGGACCAGGGCUUCCCCGACUUUGGGCCGUUGCUACCGUUCGACUCAUCUCUUCACUCGGCGCCUCUCUGGCCUAGUCUCCUAGAGGACCCAGGCAUCCCAGCGCCAGCAGUAGACGCGACGACGGGAUCAUUUCCUGAUGGCGUUGCGACACCAGCCCAGGACUUUCAGACGCUGUAUUCUCCAGGGUCAUCAGCGCCCCAGCAGCAGACACCGUCUCGCCCUGGGAACAAAUGCGCCUGCUUGGAGAUGGUCCACCGCCACUUCGCCCUCACCGACGACAACGACCACUCCUUCACCAAGACCCUCUCGCACCUCCAGUCCUCGACGGCAUCCGCCUCCCAGAUCCUGAGCUGCAGCGCCUGCUUCGACCCCAACAACUCCCUAUACGGUCUCUCCAAAAACAUACACCUGCUGGGCAGCCUCAUGUCGAGUAUCGCAAGCACGUACGCGAGCUUCCUCACGUAUCAGCGCAAAGUCGCCAUGGACGCCUCCACCAAGGACGACAAGAUCACCCUCCCCAUCGGCCCCGACCCUGGCGUCCAGUUUCGGUUGUCGGGCCAGGAGUACUGGUCUCUGCUCAAGACGACGGUCGGUUCCGAGAUUGACCACGUCAUGAGCCUGUGCACGUCCUUUGCCGAGCGGCAGACAAGGACGCACUCGCGGGGCCACGAGGUCUGCGAGUCAGGCAAGCCCUGCCAUAGGGAGGACGAGGAGCAAGAGGUAGUCGAGGAGGACAAGUGUCCGAGCAACGUCGACAUUGCCAAGAGCUACUCUUGCUUCCGGACGGUCGAGCAGGUCAGGGCGGCGAUCCUGGAAGCGAGGAGGAUCGUCAGGGGCGAAGGCUGGGGCGAGGUGAACGGGCAACAGUGUUUGUGA